AGCAGAAAUGCUGCAGUAUGUACAAUACUGGUCAAUAGUUACAGGAACCUGGAGCAGCUGAUGACUGUUCUAUACACCGUCACACUUAGACUGAACUAGUCUGCUUGAGAAAUAACUUCCAGACUGUCCCUGUAUUCUGUACUACACUAAUAACCAUAAACUACUGGUUGCUAGGACAACCACACUGAAGAGCUGAGUUGACUGAUACACAAGAGUGUACAAAUGUAAACAAAUCUUGCUGGAGAGUGCAAAAAUAUCAGUAAAGAUUGUAAUCACCACUGAGUGUGAUAAACCACCGAGCCUAAUAAAAUAACUAUAUUAGGUCUUUCACAGAACUAGGCUCUCGACAGUGUCUGCACAUCUGGUAACAUCCAACAAAUAACAGCACAUUAGUGUACAACAUUUUAUGAUUUGUAAUCAUCCAUUGCUCCCUUGUGGGUGCUCACAAGGUAGUCCAGAAUGAUUGGGGGCCUGUGGUGUUGUAGCCCCAAAAUGUAACUUUUAUGGGGUAAAAAAAAAAAUUCAGGGUUUAAUACAGAGUGACCCAACAUUCCUAAAUGAGCAAGUACUUGGUGACACUGGUGAGGAAAAAACUAUAUGCACUGCAGCAUUUAUUGUUGACAUCUGAGUUAAAUAACAAUUUAUUUGUUCACAAACAACAACAAAAAACUGCUCCAUUUGAAAAACAACCAGCAUUCUGAAAUUUUGUUUCACUUCUGCUUUCUAUUUGGAAAUGUUAACUUGCUAACAUGUGGAAACAUGGUGAUGAAUGUACUUACUGUAUUUACUCAAUACUUAUCCUUUUGUGCAUGUAGAAGCAGCCUCAGGCCAUGUUGGUAAGACACAGAAAGGCACACACACACACACACACACACACAUACACAAAGUAAACACCUUUUGUAAUAUUACACUGAAUAUAUAAUUAUAUAUAGUCAUUUAUACGUUUUAAGUUCUGGGUCUACUCUUAGUCUUAGGUCAGAUAUAAGGGUACUUUGAGCUCUUAUAGAUAUGAUAGCGUCUGACCAUUGAGGUCUUUAUAGGUCCGGACUUGACGACUGUAACGCCCUUUACUCAGGCAUCAGUAAACAUAACAUUCACAGACUACAGUCAAUCCAGAACGCCGCCGCCUUUAACUCAUACCAGGAGAAGUGACCACAUAACACCAGUACUAGCUGCCCUUCACUGGCUUCCUGUGAGCUUUAGUAUUGAUUUUAAGAUUUCACUUUUGGUUUUUAAAGCUGUUAAUUGUCUGGCUCCCUCUUACAUACAGGAUCUUUUAAUUCCAUAUGAGCCUGAACACAUCCUGAGAUCCUCUGGCGAGGCCCUCCUGUCAGUCCCCAAAUCCCAGCCAGUAACUAAGUACUUUGUAACUGCAAAAGUCUUAUCAAGAACCUGAGGAGUACAUUGUCCUGGAUGGCAACAGUCUGACCACAGCUGACCUGGUCAACUUGGGUCGAGGCUUGUUCAAAAUAAAGUUAACGCCUGAGGCAGAGGAGGGAGUAGUCAAGGGCAGAGAGCUGAUUGAUAGCUUUAUCAGAGAAAACAGAGGCAGCUGCAGGAAAAUGUGGUUCGAUCACAUUGUGCUGGGGUGGGCAACCCACUGAGUGUGGAGAGGACACGCAUGCUGCUGGUUCUGCGAAUCAACGUCCUGGCAAAAGGCUACAGCGGCGUUUCCAAGGAAACCCUGCUUGCUAUGAUUGCAGCCUUCAAUGCAUCCUGUUUGUCCUGGGUACCAGAGAAGGGUACAGUGGGGGCGAGUGGAGACUUGGCCCCCUUGGCCCAUCUCACCCUGGGCCUGAUGGGGGAGGGCAAAAUGUGGUCACCACAGAGCGGCUGGGCUGAUGCCAAGGCUGUAUUGGAGGGCCAUGGACUCAAACCUCUCAAGCUGAAACCAAAGGAGGGAAUCGCUCUGAUCAAUGGGACUCAGAUGAUAUCCUCUCUGGGUGCUGAGGCUGUGGAGAGAGCCCUGAGUGUGGCCAGACAAGCUGACAUCAUUGCAGCCUUGACUUUGGAAGCCCUGAAAGGCACCACAAAGGCCUUCCACAGUGCUAUCCAUGCAGUGAGGCCUCACCGUGGUCAGAUGGAGGUGGCUGAGAGGCUUCGCUCUCUGUUAGACUCUGAUGUCUUCCCUUCUCAGAUCUCUGAGAGUCAGAAAACAUUCGAGCGUGUUCAGGAUGCCUACACCCUCCGCUGUAUCCCACAGGUUCAUGGAGUGGUGAAUGACACGAUUGCUUUUGUCCAGAAUGUGAUUUGCACUGAGCUGAACAGUGCCACAGACAACCCACUGGUAUUUGCAGAGAGUGGGGAGACAAUUUCUGGUGGGAAUUUCCAUGGAGAGUAUCCAGCAAAGGUCUUGGACUACCUGGCCAUAGGUGUGCAUGAACUGGCCAGUAUAAGUGAGAGGAGGAUUGAGAGGCUGGUGAACCCGUCCCUCAGUGAACUGCCUGCCUUUCUCGUGAAGGAAGGAGGGUUGAACUCUGGCUUUAUGAUUGCACACUGCACUGCUGCUGCCUUAGUGUCAGAGAAUAAGGUUCUGUGCCACCCAUCCUCCGUUGACUCUCUGUCCACCAGUGCAGCAACAGAGGACCAUGUGUCUAUGGGCGGCUGGGCUGCCCGCAAAGCCCUGAGAGUGGUGGAGCAUGUGGAACAAGUGCUGGCCAUAGAGCUGCUGGCUGCCUGCCAGGCCUUGGAGUUCCUGCGCCCUCUUCAGACCACCACUCCUCUGGAGAAGGUCCAUGAGUUGCUGCGCUCUGUGGUCAGGCCUUGGGACAAAGACCGUGUCAUGAGUCCUGACAUCGAAGCCGCUCAUUCACUCGUCAGGGAGCAAAAGGUCUGGAACACAGUGCAGCCUUACAUGGAGGAAUACAGGAAGAAGCUGCAGACAUGAAUGUCUACAGAUGCCACAGGCUACUGUUUUUUCAAGGUUUAUACCAAUUAUUGGUGAUUAAGGAGACCAAUAACCAAUAUAUAUUUGCGGUAAAAAUCAAAAUCUAAAAUUUUGAAAAAUCAUUUGUGGAAUAUAACUAAGUAUAUUUACUCAAGUAUGGUAUUUAGGUUAUUGUGUUUAUACUCAUUUACAUUUUGAAGUUAAAUCCUAUACUCUGAGGGCUGUAUAAUCUAUCUAAAUCUAGAUUUAUGAGGCUGAAGUGACAUUUUAUUCCCUUUACUGCAAGCAAGGUAAUAUCUGCUGCCUUACCUUUGAAACACAACUCUGCUUGCUUAGAUAGCCAAGAAUCAAUGAGCUGACACCAGCCAGGAACGCUAUAUCUUAAUCUUAUAAAAACGAAAUCAUGCAUAUUCUGAUUGUUUUGUGGUGAAUAAAAGGGGUGAAACGUC